CGCCAAUGAGACAAUGAGCUAGAGACCAUAAGAGCGCCACGCUGUCUUUGCCUGGAGUGUAGAGAUAUCAUGGCUCCCAAACAAAUGAAUGGCAGGUGCUCAGUGUUCGGAUGUCAAAGUGACAAACUAAGUAGGCCUACAUUUGCAGCUCCUUCAUCCGAGUCUCUGAGGAACCAGUGGGUUCAUUUUGUUUUCGCUGGAAAUGCGCCGAUACGAAUUCCGAAAUGUGUGUUUGUGUGCGCCAAACAUUUCACCGACGACUGCUUCAUCAACUUGGGACAAUACAAAGCUGGAUUUGCUGAACUUCUGAAAAUGAAGCCUGGAUCAGUACCAACUCUCCUUGCCUCAGCUACAAACCGCGGACAAGUAAGUAAACUAACGCUGUAUCAUGUUCUGGCUUUACUGUGUAUGAUUACCUUGCUUGUUCCCCUUAGAAUGUGGCUUUAGCUAAUGCUCACCGUACUACAAACUAAUACAGCUGUCUUUUAACAGCUAAGUGACGCAGUAGUUCUAGCGUGAGACACAGGGCCUGAUUCCCAAGUUAGCCUUGGUGUUCUAUAUCAUUGGAGACAGUUUUCAACACAUUUCAUUCAGUCCUUCUAGUUCGCUCGUGCUAGGCUACCGCACGGCAACAGGCAUAAAUGAAUAAAGUUAGAAAUAAAAGUAACCUUCCAUCGCAUGAAUCAUCGCAUUUUGAGGGACUAUUUCCUCGGCAAUGGAGCUGGUAACCUAGGUAUCAGCAAUGCAAUGCAAUGUUGGUAUUUUCAUAAAUACAUAGGCCCACUCAUGUUCUCCCCUUCACGCCAGUUUCAAAAAAAUGUUUACAUUCAGCUGCCUCUCUCUAGGGAUGUUGCAUGCCAGACGGACAACGUGGGAAGUUUGAAAACGCAGGCACACAGCUAUCCUUUAGGACUUUGCAGACCCACAUUAAAAGUGAAGGUGUCCAGGCAACUGUGUUCUGCAAGGAUUUCGGUGUUGGCACAUCGAAUGCAGACCCUUUGUGCCUGUCAUCGACACCAAUAAGGAGACCAUCCAAAAGACCUCGGGUAGACCUUGAGGAAGAGCUGGAGGACAAUCCAUUGGAGGUCAGCUCUUUAUUGGAAGCUUCUAAUGGACCGGAUUCCACUUAUGAUCCUUCUGACUCCAUCACAGCAUUGUUAGACUCUACACUAAAGUCAGAAGAUUCAUCCACUGCAACACCCAACGGCAAGAAAUACAUGGUGUACGAGAGCUGCAUCAUGGAGUUGUUUAAUGCAUGUCCAGUCUGCACGAGGGCAUGUGAAGUUACAACCCAAAGGCUGGGGACAUUCCUGUCUGUGAAGCAGCAGUGCCCCCAUUGCACAUUCGGUAGACGCUGGAAUAGCCAGCCUAUCCUUGGGAGCACGCCAGCUGGAAAUCUGCACCUUUCUGCCGCUGUGUACCUGAGUGGUGCAUCUUUCCUAAAAAUCGAAAAGGUCUUCAAGGCAAUGAAGCUACAGUUGUUUCGGUAUGAAACAUUUCGCCGCCAUGCCAAAAGUUUCAUUGAACCAGCAGUUAUUCACCAGUGGAAAGUCCUAAAUGAUUUGAAUCUGCAGCGGCUAAGUCAAGAGGAAAUAGUGAUACUUGGUGGUGACAUGAGAGCUGACUCUCCAGGUCACUCUGCAAAGUAUGGGAGUUACACAAUGAUGGAUCUCCAUACUAACCCCAUUGUGGACAUUCAGUUGGUCCAGAGCAACAAAGUUGGUGGUAGCACCCAUAUGGAGAAGGAGGGACUGAAGAGGAGUCUAGCCUUACUGGAGUCGCGUGGCGUCCACCUUGACUGCAUUGUCACUGAUCGUCAUCCUCAAGUACAGAAGUUCCUCAGGGAGAGAAACAUAACCCAUUACUACGAUGUCUGGCACUUUGCAAAAGGUAUUUCAAAGAAGCUGUUGGCAAUCAGUAAGCAGAAAGACGGUGAGAAACUCAAGAAGUGGAUGAAGAGCAUCAACAACCACAUAUACUGGACUGCAGCAGGCUCAACCUCCGGGCCAGAGAGAAUCGCAAAGUGGACCUCGAUCCUGAACCAUGUUCGAGAUGUCCAUGUACAUGAAGAUCCUCUUUACCCCAAGUGCGAGCAUGCGAUCCGCCAGACAAGUGACCGGAGUAAAUGGCUUCAAGCUGCAACUCCAACUUUCUCCAAGUUGGAGAAGUUGCUGACCAAUAAAAGGGCGCUGAAGGAUGUUGCAAAACUGAGCCCCCACCACCAAACUUCAUCUUUGGAGGCUUUCCAUGCGGUUAUUCUUCGUUUUGCCCCCAAAAAUGUUGUCUUUCCCUUUAUUGGAAUGCUGUGCAGACUCUACCUGGAUGCUAUGCAUUCAAAUUACAAUGUGGACCGACCACAGGCCGAAACAAAGGAAGGAGUACCGAUUUAUAAAAUGUCCUUUGCAAAGGCUAGGAAGGGAGCUAAACCACAAAAAACACAGCAGACCUUUGGUUACGUUGAUGACAUCAUGGAUGUCAUUUUUGAGGAAGUCUUUCCCAACCCUACGCCAUACACCGAGGCCCUGUUGGAGAUCCCUGUUCCAGAGCCCCUAACGGCACAGUAUGAGAAGCCUGACAAGGAGGCGGUCAUCAGCAGCCUUGUGUCAAGGUUCAAACGGGGGGAUGUUUAAAACCAACAUAGUGGCCUUCCUCAGCAGGAAACUCAACGCGGAUACGCAGGACCACACAAGCUGGAAUCACAACCCGGAUACGGCGUCCCAGGUGGCCCCAGCACCAGCUCACAAAGGAACGAUAGGAGAGAUACCUGUAGCGACUGAACAAUUGAUCCAGAGAUUAAGUCUUGCAGAGAUUUAUCAUUGCUUUGUGUUAUGAAAAUAAAUAUUACUAUGCUCCUAUGGCUGGUUUGUUCUGUAACUAUUUAAGUUGUUUUUUUUAGCUUGGAUAUAAAUACAUCUUCACAAAAUUAGGCACAAGAUUGAGAACAACUUCAUUUAUUUGAUUAAAUUCUGUAACAAUGCACAACUUACUUGUGUAUUCUUCUCAAAUUUAGAGGACCAUAGUCGGCUCUAUAUAUUUGGCUGGAAUUCUGAAUAGAGUAAACAUUUAGGCAGACCGGCUCCAAUCCAGGAUGGUCAACCAUACACGUUAGCUGUAGUUCGACCUCCCGUAGUCUUCUAGUAACCUAAUUAGAAUUUGAAAGGGUAAGUUUUAUUUUUAUGCAUUGUGUCAAAUGAAGAGACAAAGUAGUUUCCAAUUUAGUGGAGAGUGCUACCUGCGGUAUCUCCAUGCAGCAAAUAUUCUCCGCUUCUGUGGGCAUGGACGCACAUUUUCCACAACGGCACCUAUCCAUAAAAUAAAGGUAGAUGUAAUAAUGGCAGAGGUCUGACUAUAGUGGCUCUGGUUAGUGUCUAUAGCUAUACAUAUGACAGUGGACAAGCUGAUGUUAGACGUAAAUCUUCACGAGUAAAUCAUGGGUUAUGUGUAACAUGACUUCAAUAUAGGUUGAAAUUAACCCAUCAAAUGAGCCAGUGACUUCUCUAAACUACAAAGAUGACUGAUAUAGAUGCUAAUAUAACGUAACGAUAGCAAAUCAGCAACUUUGACAGCCAACAACGUAGGCUAGCGUUAGCACAUGAUAAUAACUAACCGCAUACAUAAACAAACCAACUAAAGUACCGUAUCCAGACACAAUAUUUUCAAUUACCAUUCAGAGACGUCCUGCUGUAGCCGCUGAGUAGGCCUACCAACUUCUUCAGGUGCUUCGGAAUCCGGAUCCGAUUCUGGGUCAAACUGAAACGCUUGAACGACUGGGUUUCUACGAGCCAUUGCGAUGUAAACAGAGCGCACGUGGCUGCAAGCUGCUCAGGGCCACACCCCCACCCUGCUCAGGGCCACAUCCCCACCCUCCUCCUUGACACGCCCACCGAAACAGCGCAUUUGGGGGAAGCUCAAUGUGCGACUGGCUCGGAGUGGCUGUAACUCUGCACCACGGCUGAAUUUCGGGAACGUCGGAAAAGUUGCCCACUAAUACCUAUAUUAAAGAAUACAUAAAAUAGC